AUGCUCAUCCAAAUCAGUCUUCGCUCGCCAAACGGGCAAUCACGGAUCCAAAUCGAUGACGAUGCUACCUUGAGGGAGCUGGUUGAACUCAUCAAAGCCAAGACGGAGAUUAGCAACUUCACCCUUAAAUAUGGCUACCCGUUAAGGGCUCUUGACAUCAGCCCGACAUUGCGGGACACGAGCAUACAAGACCUGAAGCUCAGGGGUGAGACGAUCGUUGUCGCCCCUACCGACACGGCACCGCCAGUGCCUGUAUCCACCAAACCCGAGCCGAAACCGUUUACGCCGAAAGGGAUAGAGCCAGACGAGACGUCGCUCGAGUGGCCGGAGAGAGGCGGGCACAUCGCAUUCGGCGGCGCACUCGGCCUAGAGAACCCCUCCAAGACCCUCCGAGACCAGGUGGCCGAUUACAUCAUCAGCCACCCCAACGAGUACCAUGAGGCCAUCCUCGGCGAGAAGCCCGAACGUUACAUUUCAAGAAUGCGGCAAAUGGACACCUGGGGUGGUGCUAUCGAACUUUCCAUCCUCUCCGACAUCUACAACGUGGAAAUCAGCUCCGUUGACGUCAAGUCCCUCCGCGUGGACCGCUUUGGCGAAGGCAAAGCCAACCGAGUCAUCAUCAUGUACUCAGGCAUCCACUACGACAGAAUAGCAUUUUGUAUGGAUCUGAGCUAUCCAGUCGAGGUGGACGUGACACGGUGGUCGACCGACGACGAGGAGGUCCUCGACAAGGCGCGCCAGCUGGCGCAGCGGCUGCAGAACAUGCACUAUUACACCGACACAACCGAUUUCGUCAUCAAGUGCGGGGCGUGCAGCUGGAUCGGCCAGGGGACAAAGGACGCUGUCAAGCAUGAGAGAGAGACGGGGCAUAGUCAGUUCGGUGAGAUGCAAAUCACCGACUGA